AUGGCUACUGGGGGAAUGCAGGCCGCCAUCGAGCCUUUUAGCGGCAAGAACUGGUCAUCCUGGAUCCAGCGCCUGACCUUCUACUUCGUGGCGAACGACGUCUGCGACGAACAAAAGAAGCGCGCGCUCCUCCUGACGCUAUGCGGAACCGACACCUUUGAAACUGCCUGCGCUCUGGUCGCGCCGAAGACUCCUGGACAGGUGGGCUAUGCCGACAUAGUUGCCCUUCUGCAGAAGCACUUCGAUCCACGACCGUCUGAGUUGUACAGCCAGUACGUGUUCCAGCGACGCGAUCAGCGGCCGGAAGAGUCGAUCAGCAACUACGUUGCAGCCCUCAGAAGCUUGUCAGCUGACUGUAACUUCGGAGUGCCAGCGACAACGUCUGCUACAUCGACGCCACCGGCAGAAGGCCACGCAGCCGUUCUGGCGAACCCCACCAUGCUGCCCCAAGAUGUGAUGCUUCGCGACAGGUUCAUGUGCGGCAUCCGCGACGAGCAUCUGCAGCAGCGACUGUUCGCGGAGAAAGACUUGACUUUUCAACGCGCGUUGGACUUGGCACGCUGUCGUCCGAAAGUGCGUCGAAGCAGCAACGAGGACUUAAGGGAGCGACGAGCUCCACGGAGGUCGCCGAACCAAGAGAUCCAGGAGGUUCUCGCACGCCAUCCGGAAGUAUUUAAGGAAGGUAUCGACGGCUACGUGGGUCCAUUGGUUCACUUGGACUUGGAAGAAGGUGCCACUCCCAUAUUUUGCAAAGCACGCUCAGUACCCCUAGCUUACGAAGAGCCUAUCGAGGAAGAGCUCGACCGCCUGCAAAAACAAGGCAUCCUGGAGCCGACGCAACACUCCGAAAUGGCCACACCUUUGGUGUGGGUGCGCAAAAAGGACGGAACAUUUCGCGUUUGUGGAGAUUACAGGAGCACAGUUAACGCGGUGGUCAAGAAGACGGCAUACCCACUGCCGACAACUGCGGAGGUUUUCGCAAAGUUGCGUGGUGGGACGACAUUUUCGACGCUAGACCUGUACCAAGCCUAUCAGCAGCUAAGAGUGGACGACGAGACAGCCGCAUUGCUCACCGUCAACACCACCAAAGGACUGUUCAAGGAUGCGUUCGGCCGAGAGGCUGCCAUUGCAUUCGCGUCACGAACUUUGGGAACCGCUGAGAAAAACUACUCGCAGCUCGAUAAAGAGGGCCUUGCGGUAGUUUAUGGCAUCAGCCACUUUCACCAGUAUGUCGCUGGCCGGCACGUGACCGUAUUAACGGAUCACCAACCGCUCCUAGGCAUCAUGGGGGAAAAGAAGCAAAUCCCUCAGGUAUUGUCACCGAGGAUGACUCGAUGGUGUCUGAAAUUGGCCACAUACGACUACGACUUGGUGUACAGGCCUGGACGCCUGCACCAAAAUGCUGACGCGCUCAGCAGGCUGCCACUGCCCGCGCAGGUAGAUGAGCCAUGCUCCCCGGGAGAUGUGCUUAUGCUUGCGUCCACGCCACGUUUCGAGCUGUCACCGCGUCAACUGGCUGAGCUGACCCGGAAUGACCCACUGUUAUCCCGCGUGAUGACAGCCGUCUCAAACGGAGAGCUACGCCGGUUGCCCAAGCAGGAAUUUUCGGCGUUCGCAAAGCUUGGACACGAGCUUUCGCUACAGGAAGGCUGCGUCAUCUGGGGUGCCAGACUGGUCGUUCCAGAGAAAGCAAGGAAAGACGUGCUCGACUUAGCACAUGCAGGUCACAGGGGCGUGGUAGCUAUGAAGGCGUGCGCUCGAGGCUAUUUUUGGUGGCCCGGUGUCGACAACGACAUAGAGCGGGUGGUCAAAAGUUGUGCAACUUGCUGCCAGCACCAGAAAACGCCAACUAAAGCACCAGCUCCCGAGUGGAAACGUCCGACAACACCAUGGCACACAAUCCACGCGGAUUUCGCUGGGCCUGUGGAGGGAAGGAUGCUCCUAAUUGUAGUGGACGCAUACAGCAAGUGGCUCGAAGUGUGCACCAUGCGGAACAUACAGUCGCCGACACUGAUCGAGGAACUGCGAAACCUGUUCGCAACUUUCGGCAUUCCCGAAAGGGUGGUCACGGAUAACGGCCCGUCGUUUGUUUCUGCGGAAAUGGAAGAAUUUCUGAAGAAGAAUCGGGUGACGCACAUCACAAGUGCAGCCUAUCAUCCGGCCACGAAUGGGGAAGCCGAAAGAAUGGUGUAUGAAACGAAACAGGCACUGGCCAAGGAUCAGUCAGGUACAUUUGCGUGCAGGCUGGCUCGUUUUCAGGUUAAACAGCACACCACCAUUUCAGUAACGACGGGCAAAACGCCAGCUGCACUCAUGUUCGGCCGCGAGCUCUCAACGGCACUGACACGCAUUCAGCAGCGACCAGCUGAGAGGGUGACCACUGACCACAGCGUUACUAGAUUGCCAAGAAAGGUAGCCAUCGGGCAAUCGGUCUUUUUCCGCAACUUUGCAGGGAAUCCUGCUUGGGUUGGCGGAACCGUGUUAAAGAGACUCGGACAUCGACCUUGGCUAAUCAAGUCAAGAAGCGGAACGGUUCGUCGGCACCUUGAUCACAUAAAGCCAGGUGCAGAGGCCCACCCGACAGAAGAUUCGCCGCGGAACGAUCAAACGAACGGACCAGUAGCAAGUGAUCAACAAGACACAGUGCCGGCUCCGUACGUGAUCUCGCCCCCAGCGGAAGCACCGCCGCCGCAUGAUCCGCCCACAACGCCCGACUCUGAACAUAGGGAAGCUGAGGCCGGUCUGGACACUUGUGCGACGCAAGCUCGCGAUGACCAACCCAGCGGGUCCGCGCAGCACCAAAGUGCGCCUAGGCCCCAACGUGAUCGGCGUCCACCUGACCGAUACGGUGACCCCGACUAA